GAAAGAUAAAAGGAUGAUAGAGAGAUAGAUCAUACCUCAACCUCGUCUGACACAAGGCUCGGAAGCAAUUACCUCAUCGCUCGGAACCAACCAAAUUCCCCUCGGACGAAAGCGAAAGCGUUGGUUUGAUUUCCCAUAUUCGAACGACAUUUUCCCAUUUUCGACGAGCAGGUCGACGUAAGAUUCGACAUCCGACUUGGCAAGAGGUCCGAAGAAAAGUCUGAUCAGCUGGUACAAAAUCGCCGAACAAGAGAUUCAUAAGGAAUCAGAACCGAAAUCGCGGGAAGAAUCGAACCGAAAACGCACGAUCCGCAACAAGACCUCUUGCACAAUCACAAGACCGAUAACCUUGAACUGAAGACUUUACGAUGCAGCGACCCAACAUGACGGUCUCUCAGAGCAAGAUCCUCGUCCUCUACACCGGCGGGACUAUCGGAUGUCUUAAUACCGAGAGAGGGCUGACAGUCCAGCCUGGGUUUUUGAGCGACUGGCUACGUUCCCAAUCCGCUUUCAACGACCCCAACGCGGGUACCGUAGCCUCCCACGCCCACUCCCAGGCCGUCUACAACGCCUGGCUAGGAUCCGAACAACUGCCCAACCCGGGUAAAGGAGAUGAGGAACAGAGCGUGUUGACAGGGUUCGAGACGCCGGACGAGAAGACGUUGAUCACGCCGGUCUUUCGGUUCGGAGGGGAGAUGAAGAAGAUCAGGUAUACUAUCCGGGAGGUGAACGACCCGCUGGUCGGUUCAUCCAGUAUCGACCCGGCCGCCUGGAUGAGGAUCGCCAACGAUAUCAGGAACUCGGCGGGGCAUUUCGAUGGGUUCGUCGUACUUCACGGGACCGACACGAUGGCCUAUACCGCAUCCGCCCUGGCUUUCCUCCUGGCGGACCUACCUAAACCGGUCGUCCUCACCGGAGCUCAGAUCCCGUUGUGCGAGUAUUCCAGCGACGCGACGAACAAUUUCCGGGGAGCGUUGUUGAGCGCGGGUAUGAAGGAUCUGCCAGAGGUCUGCAUCUUUUUCAACCGCAAGCUCAUGAGAGGGUGUAGGACGAGAAAGGUCUCUAGCUUCGAGGUCGACGCGUUCGAUAGUCCGCUCAUGAAGCCGCUCUUAAUCGCCGACGUCGAACACAGCUACCAACGCCCCGACGCGCCCUCGGAUAGCAAGAGCGUACUCAUGAACGCCGUAGCCGCCAUGUCCAGCCAGGUCAUCAUCCUGCACAUCUGGCCGGGGAUGACGACGAGGCAGUUGAAGUUGAUGUUGAGCGACCCGGAGACCAAGGGGGUGGUCAUGUACACUUAUGGCGCUGGAAAUUUCCCCAUCGUACAAGAGAUGUUGGAUGUCCUCAAGGAGGCUAUCAAGCAGGGUCUGAUCGUGGUCAACGUGUCUCAAUGUGCUCGGGGCAAGGUCCUCCCACUCUAUAUCACCGGCGUAGUCCUCAACGAGAUCGGCGUGGUAGCGGGCAACGACAUGACGCCCGAAUGCGCCUUUGUCAAGCUCUCUUAUUUGCUCGCACAGGAUCACCUUUCGCUCGAGGCCAAGAAACGGUGGUUGGGCAUGUCGAUGGUAGGGGAGAUGGCUGCCGUGGCGACGUGAAACCGCGGCAGGUUCAAGACGACAAUACCAUAGUGGCGAUUCGUUUCGAAAGGAAGGUUGUAUAUGGCUGGCCGGCACUUUAUCGUGGUCGUUUCGGGGGCGAUUUAUAUGUCUAUAUGUAUAUCAAAUCAAUCUUAUAGUUUUGAGC